GGCCGAGGGUCCGGACGGGCCAUGGCCCCCAUGGGGAUCCGGCUGUCCCCGCUGGGAGUGGCGGUGUUCUGCCUGCUGGGGCUCGGCCUGCUCUACCACCUGUACUCGGGCUUCCUGGCGGGGCGCUUCGCCCUGCUCGGGCUGGGCGGCGGCGGCGGGGGCCGGCCCGGGCCUGAGGGGGCCGGCCGUGAUGGCGGCCGUGAGGAGAGGGAGGGCGAGGAGGGCGAGGGCGAGGGCGGCGCGGCGGGCCCGGGCCCGGGCCCGGGCCUGGUGGACCUCCGCGACCUGCUGGCCGUGUCGGUGCUGGCCGCCGUGCGGGGCGGCCGCCAGGUGCGCCGGGUCCGCGACAGCAACGCCCUGCACGAGCGGGCCAAGGGCAAGACCCGCGAGGGCGCCGACGACAAGAUGACCCGCGGGGACCUCCUCUCCAACCGGGAGAUGUUCCACCUCCUCAGGGACACCUUCCCCAACGUCCAGAUAAAUACUGAGGAACACGUGGAUGCAGCCGAUCAGGAGACCGUCUUAUGGGAUCGCAGAAUUCCUGAGGAUAUCCUGAAGAAAAUAACCAAACCAAAAGAGGUACCAGCAGAAAGUGUUACCGUUUGGAUUGACCCACUUGAUGCCACACAGGAAUAUACAGAAAACCUCCGGCAGUAUGUCACUACAAUGGUGUGCGUCGCUGUAAACGGUGAACCAGUACUUGGAGUAAUACAUAAGCCAUUCUCUGCCUAUACAGCCUGGGCAAUGGUGGACGGAGGAUCAAAUGUGCAAGCCCGAACCUCCUACAAUGAAAAGACCCCAAGAAUCAUCGUUUCCCGCUCUCAUUCUGGGACUGUCCAGCAACUUGCUCUUCGGACAUUUGGAAAUGAAACCACGAUCCUCCCAGCUGGUGGUGCAGGGUACAAAGUUUUAUCCCUCUUGGAUGUUCCCGAUGAGAAUCAAGAAAAAGCUGAUAUAUAUAUCCACGUGACAUACAUUAAGAAGUGGGAUAUAUGUGCGGGCAACGCCCUUCUGAAAGCACUGGGGGGCCAUAUGACUACCCUAAGUGGUGAAGAAAUCAGUUACGUUGGUCCAGAUGGCAACGAAGGGGGACUCCUUGCCAGCAUCAAUAUGAACCAUCAGGCCCUAGUCCAAAAACUCCCAGAGCUAGAGAAGGCCGGACGUAAAUAAGGUCAUUAAUACGGGAGAGAUGCACAAACCCUGAGUCCCAAGGCCCCGUGGGAGACAGACGCUGCAUGAUGAUUCCAGAAACCAACUCCCUUUUCUGACUGAACAGAGCAACUCGGAGCCCUGUUCCCUGUCUUUCUAAACUGCACGGUGAGGAGCGAGAAUGCAGUGGCACGGCAAAGUUCCAGUCUUCAUUUGUGAGGCUGCUUUCGUAAAGCUGAUGUCCUCGAGGUGCAAAAGCACAUCUAUAGAUUUGUAAAGUAAAAUCCACAUCGUUUCAACUUACCACUGUCACACUGCAUCGUGAGUCAUCUCUCACCUUCCGUGGAAGUUGUCUUUUCAUCUGGAAUGAGGCAGAAGAGGAGGAUUGAUGAGUGUGGGUUCUGUAACGUACGUUUUUACUACGUCUAAUGGAAAACAAGACUCAGGGGGCUUCCCCCACUUUGAUAGAAAGCACAGGAAGCCAGACACCAUUUAUAUGCAACAACUGUGCUGUGUUUUGCCCAGUAUUGCAGGUUAAUAGAAAAUACAAAAACGUUGGUGAUUUCUAAAUCAUUACACUUGAAGGCUGUGCAUUUUCAGAGACCACAGUGUUGCCCAUUUCUAUCGUCCCUCUGAAAUGUGCAUGUCCCUUUUGGGCCACCAUUUGUGAGCACUGUACAGAUUUUUCCGAAUUGGGCUGGAGAUCUCACCCCUCUCUGAUUUUUAUCUUGGGAAUGCCGAAGUAGUAAAGAUUUGUUUUAAAUUA